AUGCAACCGGACCGGGCGACCGGGCGCCGGUUUCCGGUCCGGUCCGGUCGAGACUUAUCAACCGGUUCCGGUCAAACUGCAGGACCGGGACUGCUGCGAGUUCAAGCAUCGAGUUCAGAAUCGGAAAGGCAUUUUUCAGCUGGUGGUGCUAUUGUUUCUGAAACACGCAGUCGUUUAUCACCAGAAAAUGUUGAAUCUCUAAUUGUUCUUCGUGAAACUUAUGUGAAUAACAUGUGGUCAAAUGAUGAGCAAUUUUCGAAAAUUGAAUCAUAA